CUAAUGGAUUGCCCAUUCUACAACACAAUACGUCCAAUCUGCAACUUCUUGAGUGCCGUGGUAUCUACAACGAUUUUGAUAAAUGCUUGUCACUACUGUAGCAUUCAGAAAAUCGAAUUGAUCAAAAAUAUUGAAAAGCUCACGUUCUGGGCUGGCGACAAUGAAAAGCUACACUUUGCCAAACAGGAACUCUUAAGCCAGAUAAAUAAUCUCGACAUCAGUAUUAGUGGCAAAGGAUUCUUCAUCAUCGAUCGUCAAUUUUUAGCUGGAAUGGCUGCCGCUUGUUGCACUUACAUCAUUAUUUUCAUACAGUUCUAUUUAUCUGGAAAAUGAAAAUAUUACUAUGCGUGUAUUGAUGUGAAAAAUAUUAAUAUUUUUUUUAAUUGUGAC